AUGCUGUUCUGGGCUUGGGUUAUAACUGCUACUGGAAUUACGGCAUUAUGUUCUUUCGUGUUUGUAAAUCGCUACUUGUCAUUCAAGCGACAUAAAAACACCCUUCCACUAACUUUAGCCGUGCUUCUGGCGAAUAUGUGUAUCUUACUCUCGAUCACGUACUUGUUACCGCUGGAUGUUUUUUACGCGGCUAGGUCGUCGGGGCCCGAAGGAACUGCCAGGCAAGAAGAACCUUCUACCGAUAUGGUGCUCCGAGACAAUACGGAGCAGUCCCCUGUAAACGAGAUCCCAAGGCCCGACAUCUCGUUUCUGUGGUAUGCGAUAUACUGGCUUGAGUUUGGCAUAUGCUGGUUUGUGCUGCCUGUUUUGAUUUCCUACCUCGACUUGAAAUACCUUUUUCCACGACACCAAGAAUCUGGACAAGGCAGUUAUAUUCUACACCGGGUGAAAAGGGCAUUACUUACCAAUAUAAAAUUCUACGCACUGUGCUCUCUCGGCCUAUUUUGUGGAAUUUUGUAUUUGAAACUGGGAGCAAAGCGUGGAAUGGGCGACCUGAAGCCUCUUAUUAUCUCUCUUUCCCACCUCUAUUCGCUAUCUUAUGCUCUAAUAUUGCUAUCAAUGGGGCUGAUUUUACUUCCUAAAGCACUUCUGUUUGAAUCUGACGACGAAAAUAAGCUGUUUGUGGAGCUAAGCAAGUGCAAUGACGAAUCCAAUGAUGCGAGACUUGCCAUGACUGAAUAUGCAGGCAAGAUUCUGUCUCUUCCCGAAGUAAGGAACGGUGACGUGGCUCUGAACUCUACCCUCAACGAGUGCAAACUGGAGGUGCAAUCCUUAGUCAACGAAACGCAAAUAGAUUUACCACCUGCUAGUCGCCGCGAACAAUUCGUUACGAACUUGACCAAGAUCAAUCAGCGCUAUAAUUCUUUCAAGACCGAGUAUUACAAUUACCUGUACUAUCAGGCGAAGUCUGAUGAAAUCAUUCAUAAUCUGGCCCAUUCCCAGGUUGACCCUGUGUCUUGGACAAAAAGGCUUGGAAAGUGGGCCUUAGGUAUAUUGUGCCUAUCGCUUUCAUGCCUGGUGGUAGCUCUCGAACUAACUCCUUCGCGGCUUGCUCAUGGGAGGCUUUUUGGAGGUAAAAAGUGGAUCAACUUCGUACUUGAGAUGUCCAUUCUGCUUUAUAAUACCUUGGCCUCUCUAUACGCCAUGAGCUGCUUCAAAUUUGCCAAUUUGCACCUUAUACCCAAUGGUCAAAGUAGCCCUCAAAAUGCGCUUUAUUAUUCGUUAUACUCGAGUAGGUUGCUGUUACCAUUAUGCUUCAACUUCAUAACCUUAAUAUCUCACGAGCCUAACAUCCAGGAGAGUGGAUUUGAGAAAGUUCUGUAUCGUGAUUUGAAACUAAUCCCGUUGGUGGAUAUGUUGAAUAGGUAUUUACCUGCGGUUUUCAUCGUUAUUGUGCCUCUGGGAUACUUUUUCGACCUCAAGAACAAAGUUCUUGUUAAAGUACUUGGCAAAGAAUACUGCUACGAACUAUUUGGAAUAUUAACAGACCCUGCACAUGCACAGGGCACGGAUGCACAACUCGCUCAGGAGAGAUCUGGUGCAAAUGGUAGAUCUCGACUGGACGAGGACUACGAAUAUUCGCUCCAGGAUGGCAGAUAUUUGUUCCAAAGAGCUACCAAUAGUCAUCGUAUGCUAGAUAAUGAGGCUUCUCCCGAGCACCGCCCCUAUAUCUAG